CGGCUUCCGGUCUGAGGCGGGAGGUGUCAGUUCGAGGGGGGCGGGAAAGGAGCGGCGGCAGUUUCCCAGCUCGGGAGUGGGGACAUGUCAGUAUAGCCGCAGUGUGCCUCUUCCUCCAGUGUCACGGAGUCAAGUUGCAGAAAUGGGUCUGCUCUCCGAUCCAAACCGCCGGCAGGUGCUGACAAACCUGCUCACCAGGAUGAACACGCCGCUGUGCUUCAUGUGCUACAUCGCUGGGGUCUCCUGGUUCAUGGGCCUGGCCUUUGAACCCUUUAUCCUGCGAAUGUACACAUCGGAAAAUGCCAUGGGCUCCACCAUGGUGGACGAGAACUUUGUCUAUGGUGACAGGGCACUGUCCUAUGCCCGGGAAUUCUCCGCCCAUGGGAAAAAGGCCGGGGAGAUGCCUGUGGAAUGGCUUGUGAAGACCAUGAGUGGCCUGGGGCUGGAGACCCAUACCCAGACCUUCUCGCGAACUCUCCCCUUCCCCGACGAGAUACGGGAGAGAUAUAUGGUGAAAGGGACCAACGUGUACGGAAUUCUUCGGGCGUCGAGGGCGGCAAGUACAGAAUCGAUCGUGCUGAGCACUCCAGUCGGGAUCAGACAGAACAGCCAGGCAGCUGGCCUGCUCCUGGCUCUGGCUUCAUAUUUCCGAGGUCAGAUUCACUGGGCCAAGGACAUCAUCUUCCUUUUCAAUGAACAUGACAUGAUUGGGAUGGAGGCUUGGCUCGAAGCUUACCACGAUGUCAAUGUGACAGAUAUUAACUCGUCGGUGAUGGAAGGCCGUGCCGGAUCGAUCCAGGCCGCCAUCACCAUUGAGAUCAGCAGUGACGUCGUGACCAGCUUCGAUAUCAGUGUCGAGGGGCUGAAUGGGCAGCUGCCAAAUCUGGACCUGGUGAACCUCUUCACAUCAUUCUGCCAGAAGAAUGGGGUACUGUGUACCAUCCAGGGCAAGUUACCGCGCCUGGACGGAGAGACCCUGGAGGGUUAUCUUCACUCACUGCACACCAUGCUGCUGAUGGUGCUGAAACAGGGCUCUGGGAAAUCCCAGGGAGACCACGGCCUCUUCCUGCGAUACCACAUCGAGGCAGUCACCAUCCGCGGCAUCAACAGCUUCCGUCAGUACAAGUUCGACAUGGUCACUGUCGGCAAGGUGUUUGAGGGGAUGGUGAGGAAGCUGAACAACCUCCUGGAGAAGCUGCACCAAUCCUACUUCUUCUACCUGCUCCCAUCUCUCUCACGGUUUGUCUCCAUUGGAUAUUACAUGCCCGCCUUUGUCUUCCUGAUCCUCAUCCUGCUGCUCAGAGCUCUUGACCUGUGGAUCCGAUUGUCCAAGGUUCCCGUCUCUACUCAGGACUGUGCCAACGAGAAUGUGAGACCAAGUUUCCUGUCGAUCAUGACUCCGAUUUUUAUCUGCCAUGUCAUGGGUCUUGCCCUCUACUACGUGCCACUCCUGUGCCAGGGAAGAGCGACAGACCAUUUCCCCGUCUCGGACACUGAAGCUGUCGUACUCACUUCCAUUGCAAUCUACGUGGCCGGACUGGCACUGCCCCACAACACCCAGAGUGGCUUGCCGACUGAGUUGGCUGCCCAUGGCUGGAUGACUCUGAAGCUGAUCUCUGUCCUAUACCUGGCUCUCCUGCUGGGCUGCAUCACCUUGAUCAACUUCUCUCUGGGCUUCAUCCUGGCUGUGACCCUCGUCCCAGCAGCUGCCCUCGCUGAGCCUGCACCCCACAGGACGCUGAAAGCCCUGUUCCUUAUCCUGAUGUCGCCGAUCACUAUCUUGCUGAUGUGUAUUUACCUGUACCAUGAACUGGCCGAAUACCCUAUCACUCUGCUGGAGUGCUGGCAGCUCCUCCUGCAGGCUGUGGCUGAGUCCAUUCUCGAUCACCAUCUGUACAGCUCCAUCAUUUACCCCUUUGUUGUCUUCUUCAUCUACCCCUGCUGGCUCCUGCUCUGGAACGUGGUCUUCUGGAACUGAGAGAGUGCACACAUCUCCCUCCACGGCCCUGCCCAGGACGAUACACACCACCCCAAGGGUGACGCGGUUGAAGGCAUGAUGGGUUAGAAAGACAGCAGACUGUGAGGGUCUCUUAUUGAAUAACAUUGGGUUUCAUUCUGGGGUUUCUGAGGUUUUAAUUUGACUGCAUGGGGUGAUGGGGGAGGGAGUCAGAAAACAAGACAUCUCAGGGUUGGGGGUUGUGGGGGCUUGGAGGGACCGAUCACUUGGAGAGGGAAGGAAAAGGGCGGGAAUUGAGGUCAGCACGGGGUGUCUGGUGACUGGGUUACAACAGGAAAUGGGCAAGUGAAAUGAGCUGAGGACUGAAGGGAUCAGGAGGGACCAAGUGGAGUUCUCAGGGGAGUUGCUGAAUAAGGAAGUUUGUCAUGAUCUGGGGAGACCAAACCUCAACAUUUGCACUUCGGGAUAGAAUGAACCUUAGUGUAAGUGAAAAGGAGCAGUGUCUAAGUCUUUAUAUCACCGAAGAAUAUCCCCAUGAUGUCUAACCCCACCUGGUAUCCAAUAAAGCUUUCAGAUCAUAUCCAGCACCAAAUGCAGGGUUUUAAUGUAACUUUUGGAUGUGUGUGUUGGGGUUGAGUAAGGAGCUGUGUUUGUGACCUUCACACAGAUCAUUACUUUCUGUUGGGGCUGGUCUGAAGUCAGAAACACAUCUCAAUGAAAUGACUGAAUGUUUCUCUUUCACUGAAUGAGGACCUGUUUCACUGCUGAGUUUAUAAUGUGAAAAAUUGUUUGUUGUGUAAAUAGUCGAUUGGAUUUUUAAAGAAAGGUGAGAAUAAAAACAGAUAAAUAUU